UCUUUUCUUUUUCGUUCUAAUUUUCUCGAUAUCUCGCAAAUAGCGACAUCUAACUUUAUCGUGAUUCACGAGACUACACGUUGGCACAGAUUACAUGAAAAUGGACUCGUCAUCAGAGCUUGCUAGUUUGUACACAGUGAAGGCAGUGGCUAUCCUAGACAAUGAUGGAGAGAGGUUACUAGCAAAGUACUACGAUGACACAUUUUCCACUGCCAAAGAGCAGAAGGCAUUCGAGAAGAACCUCUUCAACAAGACACAUAGAGCAAAUGCUGAAAUCAUCAUGCUUGAGGGGAUGACGAUAGUGUACAGGAGUAACGUUGAUCUACUCUUCUACGUGGUAGGAAGUGCAUCAGAAAAUGAGCUUAUUCUUGUGAGCGUGCUAAACUGCCUCUAUGAUUCCGUCAGUCAAAUCCUUAGGAAAAAUGUAGAAAAGAAAGCUCUAUUUGAUCACCUGGAUUCCAUUAUUCUUGCAUUGGAUGAAAUCAUUGAUGAAGGGAUCAUUCUUGAAGCAGACCCAAUUGCUGUUGCACAAAGAGUUUCACUGAGAGGGGAUGAUGUACCAAUCAGCGAACAGACCAUGUCACAGGUCAUCAGCAGCAAGUUGGAUGUUCUCCAGUCAGCCAAGGAUCAACUGAAGUGGUCAUUAUUAAAGUAGCAUCAAACAUCCUUCUCGCCAUCACUUGUACAAAUAUCUGUUAAAUUUAUGAUGUAAAAUUAAGAGUCUAAUAAUUCAUCUGUAGAGUUAAUAGAUAUAGAUUGUUAUUGGUAUACAUGUACACAUGUUUUAUACACCCAAGUCUAAGAGCCUUUUGUAGUAUGGAGUCACACUGUGUAUUUCUCCUUAAAAGACCAUUCAAAGCCUGGAGGAGUAAGUCAGGUUGAAAAUUCAUUCUAUUCCUGAGAUUAUAAGUAAACAAUUUAUAUUUAUAUGUAAAACAUGUAGUUUAGAGCUGUGGAUGAUGACUGUAUGUAUAUAUACAAACUCUGUUCCAGUCAGAAUUCAUACUUUCAGAUGAAAGUGACUUAACACUUAGUCAUUUUCAAUGUUGAUUAUCUGCAGAAAUGUUAUUGGGUUUGUAUAAUUUUACUUUUUAAUUUUCUCUUUUUACAAAUUGUAUUAGUAUACAAAUGUAGUACCGGUAUGUAUUGCAAGGCCCUGUAUUUUUGGAACAAACUUUUUCUUUGUCUAAAAAAAAAUCAUGAAAUUAAUAAUAAUCUGUAUUACCAAAUUGAUUCAUACAUCGUAAUUCAAACCUUAUGACUGAAGUGUAUUUAGUUUUGUAUUGAUUCCUUUAACAAAAACAUUAGUUUUGUGUGAUUGUUCAUUUUCUUUUGUCAACAAUGCUAUAUAUAAAAAA